GAUUUUAUAUGAAUUUAUGCUUGAAUGCGGAAAAAUUUAAAUAAGGCAGACGUGGAUUUGUAUAAGGUGACGUUUGGAUGACGUUUAGUACCGCCCAUGAUUGUGGUUUCAACUAGGUCCUCUAGUCAACGAUAAAACGUUCGGCUCUUAGGUCUUUCUCAUACUGUUUUUUUUUUUUCGUUGUGAAGAGAACAAGCAUAUCAGAGAUGUCUGGAAGAGGAAAAGGCGGUAAAGGGCUCGGAAAAGGAGGCGCUAAGCGUCACCGAAAGGUUCUUCGGGAUAAUAUCCAGGGAAUCACUAAACCCGCUAUUCGGCGUCUUGCUCGCCGCGGCGGCGUCAAGCGUAUUUCUGGGCUGAUCUACGAGGAGACGCGCGGUGUGUUGAAGGUGUUUCUGGAGAACGUUAUUCGUGAUGCUGUGACCUACACCGAGCACGCUAAAAGAAAGACCGUCACCGCUAUGGAUGUUGUGUAUGCUCUGAAACGACAGGGACGCACUCUGUACGGAUUCGGAGGUUAAGAGAUUUCUGAACAAAACUAAACCCCAACGGCUCUUUUAAGAGCCACCCACCUUUUCACAAAAGUCAAAUUUCCAAUUUGAGUGACCAAGUUUUUGAAGUCACUUUUUUUUUUUUUUUUUUUUUUUUUUUUUCAUGUCUGAGAAAUUUACUUAGUUUUAAGAUACAGUAGAGAACUGGUCCUUUAAAAUACCGUUUGAGCAAUGUGGACUUGUAGAUACUUAAAAGGAAUAGUAGACUUAUGUGUAAUUCUAUCGGCCCAUGAGUGUUCUGGGUCAGUGCUGCGGUUUACUAGCGAAUUCGUAAACCGUCUGUGUUCAUGUGAAAUGUAACUUCUGAAGUACCAAGAUGGGUUUUGCCUGAUAUAAUUUUAACUGUAACAGCCCAACAACACAUUAUUCUAACUGCAUUGAAUACAUUUAAAAAUUUAAGUUAAAUGGGAUAUUCUGACACUUAGUAUGUUUAAGUCCGUAAGUGUUGUAAAAAAUGUUUUUUUUGUGUUGUGAAGUCAAGGGCCGCUUUUUAGUCUCAACCCGCCCGCUAAAUACAGUAACAGAAUCUGUAUUGUAUCUGUCUGUAUUGUACAGUUACUUUUUGUGUUUGUGUCCAGUGGUGCCAACUAAUUUUCAGAAAAAGUGGCUAAAGGAAGGUUCUCAACAAUUAUGCUUUAAGCAGUGCAUUAGUAGUUAGUUAGUAUGCUACACUCUAAAGUCUGUAAAAAUAGGGCACAAUCAUACUAUGUUAAAAUGAAAUAAUUUUCCGUAUUGGGUUUUUACCUGCAUUUUAAAUUAUGCAUUGUGUUUUGGGAUGACAAUGGAUAAUUUCCUGGACAAUUACUAAAUAUCUUCAAUUUUUCUGACAGUGUACUAACUGAUCAACAAUUGCAGGUAAGCUACUAACAAAGUGUAUCAUAAAUGAACAAUUAUUCAAUUAUUAUUAUUAUUAUGUGUAACAAUUGCAAAUAGCAGCUAACUCAGUUCACAUGAUGUGUGUACAGGCGUCUUUAGUUUCCUCUUUUUGUGUAAUUUGGAUGGAAAAUGUGCCUUUUUAUUGUCUGAGUCACUUAUCAAAAAUUGCUAA